UAGACAGAGUAAAUGUUGCAGUGCCUCUGCAGUUGUUCGUAAGGGUGAAUGACUGCCGUGCUGCAACAUUCGUAAUUUCAGGACUAUGUUGUAAAUACUUGAGGGGUUAACACGUAACUUUGAACGGUCACUAGGUGAACUGUCGUAACUCAAGGAUUACCUGUAAUUAAAUACAAGACUUCCAGGGCUUUCCGGAGCUAGAUUGGGAAAUUUCUGAAAUUCAUCCAAAAGGAAGCCGUGGCAAGUUACUCCAUGUCAUUGCCAAGAAAACCGAGCUCAGUUCUAGGUAAUUUUUGUUACUGUUGCCGCUGCUGCUGCUCAAUAAUUGGCAGCCUAGAUUUAUUAGACAUUCUCUUAAAAAAAACAUCCAGGGAUCGGUCAUCUUGUGAAUGUUUUGGCAGAUAGACUGAUUGUUUUGGUUAAUGGAGUGGAGUUUGGGUUUGUCCUUUGAGGAUACCAUCUAAGUUUCUCUUUACUCUUUAUAACUGCACAUUGACCAGUAGUGAAUUAACUGAAAUGUUUGAUUUUGCUUCCUGCAGUUAUUUCAGACCAAAGCAAAAUGAAUGAGCAUCCAAAGAAAAGGAAAAGGAAGACUCUGCAUCCUUCACGCUACUCAGAUUCUUCAGGAAUUCCAAAAUACAUAGAUAAUAGUGGCAUAUUUUCUGACCAUUGUUACAGUGUCUGUUCCAUGAAACAACUAGACACAAAAAUUCCUGAUAAUAGAGGCAGAUUUCAUAACACAGCGCCUAGUAUAGAUACUGAUGAGGAUGGCAGCCACGUGUAUGCUGGAACAUCUCAGAGGAGUGGGAACCAGUCUAAUGUUCCGGGGACACAUUUAAUGGACCCUAAGAAAAAAGAUAAAAACAAUGGAAUUUUUAAAGAUUCGUGCGAGUCCCCCGUCUUCAGUGACAGUGUAACAGAUGAGGAGAAACCUUUGGACAUUCAAACUGUAGAGAUCUCCACUACUGAAGUCCAGGCUGUAGAAGUCCACGACAUUGAAACUCAGACCGUUUCCCCUGAGAAGCUUGAAGCAGAGGAGGCAGAGGAAAUCCCGGUUGAAAGCUGCAAGGAGCUUGACAAAAAUCCUUCUUCGAACGUCGCCAUUCCGCCCAAAUGGCCCCUGCUUCGGGCAAACAGCAGCGGUUUGUACAAAUGCGAACGCUGCACGUUUAACAGCAAAUAUUUCUCUGACCUGAAGCAGCACAUGGUUCUAAAGCAUAAAACCUGCCCUGAGGGCAACAUCUGUCGCGUGUGCAAAGAGAAUUUCUCUUCCAAAAAGGUGCUCAUUGAACACUUGAAAAUCCACGAGGAGGACCCCUAUGUUUGCAAAUAUUGUGACUACAAAACCGUGAUGUUUGAAAACCUGAGCCAGCAUAUAGCAGACACGCAUUUCAGCGACCAUCUUUACUGGUGUGAGCAAUGUGAUGUUCAGUUCUCUUCCAGUAGUGAGUUAUACCUCCAUUUCCAGGAACACAGCUGUGAUGAGCUCUACCUGUGCCAGUUCUGUGAGCACGAGACGAGCGACCCCGAGGACUUGCACAGCCAUGUGGUGAAUGAGCAUGCGGGCCGGCUGAUAGAGCUGAGCGACAGCUAUAACAGCAGGCAGCCCCAGGGCCAUUACAGCCUGGUCAACAAAAUCAGCUUUGACAAGUGCAAGAACUUCUUUGUGUGUCAAGUGUGCGGCUUCCGCAGCAGGCUUCACACCAAUGUCAAUCGCCAUGUGGCAAUAGAGCACACCAAAAUAUUCCCUCAUGUUUGCGAUGACUGUGGGAAAGGCUUCUCAGGCAUGUUGGAAUAUUGCAAACACUUAAACAGUCACCUGACAGAAGGCAUUUAUUUGUGUCAAUAUUGCGAAUAUUCGACAGGACAGAUUGGAGACCUCAGAAGUCACUUGGACUUCAGGCAUUCGGCCGAACUGCCUCACAAGUGCACCGAUUGUUUGAUGAGGUUUGGUAAUGAAAGAGACCUUUUGAGUCAUCUUCAGAUACAUGAAACUGCUUGAUUGUGGUUGUGUGAAUGUUCUCUCCUGUCCUAGAAUAAUAGCAUUUCAGAGUUUCCAUCAGCAUAAAAAGCAGCUGAGCCUCAGGAUGCUGUAUUUCAUCAAACUUUUAAUGCAUAAUAGAUAACAUGUACAGUUGUCUGGAAGCAUAGCAUUAAAUUCUAUGACAGAAAUAAACAUAGCCAUCCAG